AUGGCCAGGAGAGCAGGGCGACAGAGAGGCCAGCUGCCCACCUGUUACUAUGAGGGUUACCUGGAGAAGAGGUCGUUCAAAGACAAGACGUCCCGUAAUCUGUGGACCUGCCUGUGUGGAAACAUGCUUUACUUCUUCAAUGACAUAAGAAACCCUGAUUACAUCGAUAAACUGGAUCUCACCGGACUGAUCUCAGUCACGGACGACAGCAGCCAGGAUCGUAACCUGGACGCAGCCAGACUCACCGUCAGGUUGCCAGAUGGAAAUAUCAAAUUCACCGCUCCUAAUACAGAGGCUCGUGAGUUGUGGAAGGGCUAUAUCCUCUCUGUGUCUGAGCUGUCAGUGCCCUCCUCCCUCAACCUGCUACCAGGUCAGAUCCACAUGCUGCAGGAAGCAGUGGAGAAUGAGAGGGAGAGAUUAAAAUGUGUCGCUCCACCUGAAGACACCUCCAAUGACUACGUCAACGAUCAAGUUGAAUUACCAACUUGUUACCACAGAGUGUCUCGUCUGGAGGCCGAGCUGCUGCUCGAGAAAGAGUGCAAGAGUGGAAACCUGCUCAUGAGGCCUGGAAGCGACGGAAACUCAUACGCUAUCACCACCAGACAGGACCAUGCCGGUGCUAUAUUCAGUCACUACCGUCUGACUCCUAAACAUGAAGGGGGCUUUUCUAUUGAUGUGAACAUUCCUGUUCACUGUGACACACUUCGAGAUGUGAUCGAUUAUUUGGUGGAAUCAACUGACCGAGCUCUGGUUCCGCUCAUCGUCGAGGAGCAGUAUGAGAAAAACAUCUUUUAUAUUCGGUCUGACAGGGAAAAUGGAGAAAAAAGUGUUCAGCCGGCUUUAUCUAUCAUCAAGUUGCCAAUGUUGCCGCCUAAACCAGUUGCUUUAAAAGUACCGACUCCUGAACGAGCACCAUCGCCAGUUGAGUUAACGCACGUCUCUGUUCAAACAGUGGAGGUGAAGGAGGAUCGACCUGUUGCUCUGCCAGUGCUGAAGAAACUUUCCGUCUUCAAACCUCCAGUUCCUGCUCCUCGCAAAUUGAACCCGAGUACGUCACCACCCUCCGUCGCCUCCACCACAAGAGAGAUGAGGAGGAGAAGCCACACAGACCCUUUAGGACAGACGAUAUCAGAGCUGAAACUCAAGUUUGAGCAGAGGGCAAAGGAUUUGGAGUGAAGGUUCCUGGUGGGAGUCUCUGGAAGCCUUCACUCACAUGACAAAGGAGCCACCUCCCGGUCUGUCCCUGCACGAUGAACUGACUGACACAGGGGAACAGAGACCACCUGAAUUUGCACAUGAAUGACUUCGUCCUCCUCUGCACCGUGGUUCUGCUCCUCUUCCUCCUCCUACUUCUCGCUGGCUGCCUGUCAGCAGUGAGGCCUCUCUGAAGAUUAACACUUUAUUGAUUCACCGUUCUCUAACACGAAUUAGCAAAUUAAUGGACUGUAAAGAGGGAUGUACCUGUCACAUUUUCUUCACCUUAUUUUCGUAAUCAGUGUUGUUUUUUGGUUAAUUUUGUGAAUGUCAUUAUCAUGUACACUUUUAUAUUUUUACUUUUAUACACUACUUUUCACAUUACAACUACAGACAGGAUGUUCUGUCUAGUAGGCAUGUGCAGUUCUAUGUAAAUACAUGUAUAGUGUUUCUCUCGAAAUGACUUUCUCUUUAUAUGAGUAGAGACAGAUUCCCAGAGAUGAGCUGCUGAUACUUGCAUUAUGCAAGUGAAUAGUUUAUCAGUGAAUUCAGCUCAUUUUGUAGCUUUGAUUGCUUCCAUCACAUCAAGUCCGACCGUUAAACAAGUGACUUUAAAAUAAUGUGUGAGGCAGAAGUUGGAAAUAAUCAGGCUGUUUUCAAUCUCCUGUAGCUGCUCUACUUUUUCGAUGCACCUCUUCUUUAUAGUUUACUUUCCUCGUUUAAAAAAAUGAAGUCUGUGAGCAAAUGAUCUCACUCCUUUAUUACCUCAAUGGCUGAUACAUUAUAGUGGAAAAAUUCAAACUAUUUACAAUAAACUGUGAAUUUUUGUC